AGGCUUAGAUCACUGAAACAGAAGCUCACAUCUUUUUCUUGUUCACCUUUUCUCCAGCUUGCGAGGUUUUUGAAAUGCGUCGCUUGGUGUUGAGAGAAGAUCUUCACAUCAGAUCCACGCUCUCUGAUUCAUCAUCUGCAAUGGCUCGUUGGCUGCUUCAUAUCUUCCUUUUCUCUUCUCUUCAUCUGGUUUCUCUAUCAAGUCAACAAGAGACAAGGUUUGUCUAUGAAAGUUUUAGCUCCCAAGAAGAUCUUUAUCUAGAUGCUUCUGCGAAAGUACUUCCCCAUGGAAUAUUGCAGCUGACAAACGAUUCAGAUCAUCAAAUAGGCCGGGCAUUCUACAAGAAUCCAAUUCAGUUCAGUUCCUUCUCAACACAUUUCGUGUGUGCUCUGGUGCCUAAGCCAGGUAAAGAAGGCGGCCAUGGUCUUGCCUUUUUAAUAUCUUCUUCUAUGGAUUUCUCGCACGCACAAGAUAAAAGAUUCUUGGGGGCUUUUAACGCAACAACAAGUGGGUUUCCUGUUCUUGCUAUUGAGCUUGACACUAUUUAUAACCGAGAGUUCAAUGAUCUCAAAAGCAAUCACGUGGGGAUUGAUGUGAACAGUCCAAUAUCUGUAGGAGUAGCUUCAGCAUCUUACUAUUCAGACACAAAAGGGAAAAACGAAAGCAUGAACCUCUUGACUGGAAAGCCUGUACAAGUCUGGGUGGAUUAUGAAGGCAGUAUGCUCAAUGUCUCGAUCGCUCCACUUGAAGUCAAGAAGCCAAGUCGGCCUCUUUUGUCACAACACAUCAGCCUUUCAGAAAUAUUUUGGAAUAGAUCCAAACUGUUUGUUGGCUUCUCCGCAGCAACAGGGAGCAAGGUGUGUGAUCACUAUAUUCUUUGGUGGAGUUUUAGCACAGGCAGAGGAUCACUGCAUGGUCUUGACAUCUCAAAACUUCCUAAAGUUCCUCAUCCCAAAGCUCCGCAUAAGAAUCUGGCUACAUGGAUUAUUGUCCUUGUUGUUUGUGUGGCUAUUGCGGUUUUGGCUUUUCUUGCAGGAGUUUAUGUCCAUGGGAGGAAGAAGUGUUCUGAAGUUUCUGAAACAUGGGAGAAGGAGUUUGAUGCACAUCGGUUCUCUUACAAGUCCUUGUACAAAGGAACAAAGGGUUUCAGUAAAGAUGAGUUCCUCGGAAAAGGAGGCUUUGGUGAAGUCUAUAGAGGAACUCUUCCGCAAGGCAGAGAAAUAGCAGUGAAGAGAGUGUCCCAUAAUGGUGAUGAAAGUUUGAAGCAAUUUCUGGCUGAAGUUGUGAGCAUGAGAUAUCUGAAGCACAGGAAUCUUGUUCCACUUUUCGGGUAUUGCAGGAGAAAGCAUGAGCUUCUUCUUGUCUCGGAGUACAUGCCUAACGGUAGUCUUGACGAGCAUUUGUUUGAUGAUGCCAAAUCAGUUCUUUCUUGGUCACAAAGACUUGUGGUUGUUAAAGGAAUAGCAUCUGCUCUGUGGUACCUUCAUACAGGUGCUGACCGCGUUGUUCUGCACCGAGAUGUUAAAGCUUCCAACGUUAUGUUAGACGCCGAGUUCAAUGGUAGGUUAGGAGAUUUUGGAAUGGCCCGGUUUCAUGAACACGGAGGCAACGCAGCCACAACAGCCGCUGUUGGAACAGUAGGGUACAUGGCACCUGAGCUAGUGACAAUGGGAGCUUCAACUGGAACUGAUGUUUAUGCUUUUGGUGUUUUCAUGCUUGAAGUAGCAUGUGGUAGAAGACCCGUUGAAGCGCAGUUGCAACCUGAGAGACGUCAUAUGAUCAAAUGGGUUUGUGAGUGCUGGAAAAAGGACGCUUUGCUUGAUGCCACUGACCCGAGACUGGGAGAUGAGUUCUCACCGGAGGAAGUCGAGAUGGUUAUGAAACUGGGUUUGCUAUGUUCAAAUAUCGUGCCAGAGUCUAGACCUACGAUGGAACAAGUGGUCUUGUACCUAAACAACAACCUGCCUUUGCCAGAUUUCUCACCAUAUACUGUGGGGAUCGGCACACUUGCUCCGUUUAUGGUUGAUGCAGCUUCCUUACUAGCCUCAUCUGCUUCAUGGAGUUCGUCAGGUCCCUCGAUGUCUUCUUCCAACCACUCACCAUACGCUUGUCAGCCAACAGAUCAGCCAUCGUCUGAGACUAAGAACUCUCUUCACGUGGUUACAGAGCCAGAGAAACCUAAGACUUAAGACUUUCUUACCUACGGAAGAUUUUGAGUCAAAUAUUCACAGAAUCAUCAGCCGGAGGUAAUUCUGCAUUAAUAUCAGCAAACAGAUCUUUAGUAGCUCUCAAGAUUGUUCUAAUAACCACCAGUCUUAUUUGUCGUUGUUCAAAACAAAAAAAAAUCAGUCUUAUUUGUACCAAUUUGUUCAGUGUGUCCCUUUACAACAUGUUUAUCAACGGUUGAUUAUAAACAGAUAGUUUAUGUUU